ACAGACGCGACGCUACUAUUGUCUUGUUAUGUAUUCAUCAACAGUGGAAUCCAACCGACCUUUUCCAGAACUGCCGUGGUAUUUAAGGUUUGCAUCGCGUGUCAACUGUCACUGUUGUUUUCUUGGUGAAGAUUUACACUCAUCCAGGCACACGUUGCUGUUAUGGACCCCGAGAGGGAGGGGAAAGGGAGCGAAUAUUCAGUGGCAGUUAUCCAAAUUAUCCCUGACUUUUUCUCAGUAACUAUAGCAGUAAAGGUCAGUAAUGGCUUCUCAGCUGCAUAGGCAUCUUGAUCUCUGCGACGGAUGUUUGGUGUCGCCGCAGGGGAUGGAGAAUAGACUGUAAAAGGGCGAAGGCUGGAGGAGGAGUUGAUAGCUGUAGCCUACUGUCGUAUGACUAAAACGGCGCAUUCACAAUCACAGAGGUAGCCGCUCCUACAACCUGAAGACACCACUCCUACACAGUAGCACCUGAGGGAUUUGAUAUGACCUGUCUGUAAAGGGCUUCGUUGUCCAAUUCAUUAGGGCGAUUACUCAGUCCACUGGCCACACUGGAGCCCUCUCAUUUCUGGCUGCUGAAUAGAAUGGCUGUUGAUGACCGGCACCUUCCCUCCAGCUGCGGGUCCUACAUCAAGACGGAGCCGUCCAGCCCCUCCUCGGUCAUCGACACGGUCAGCCACCACAGCCCAAGCGGCAACUCGGACGCCAGCGGCGGCUAUGUCAGCGCCAUGAACAGCCACUCCAACGGCCUGGACUCUCCGCCCAUGUUCACGCCCGGCGGGCUGGGCGCCGGCCCCUGCCGCAAGCGCUAUGACGACUGCUCCAGCACCAUCAUGGAGGACUCACCCAUUAAGUGCGAAUACAUGUUGAACUCCAUCCCCAAGAGGCUGUGCCUGGUCUGUGGAGAUAUAGCCUCUGGGUAUCACUAUGGCGUGGCCUCUUGUGAGGCCUGCAAAGCAUUCUUUAAAAGGACAAUACAAGGAGAGAAAAAAGGCAACAUAGAAUACAGCUGUCCCGCCACAAACGAGUGUGAGAUCACAAAACGGAGACGCAAGUCAUGUCAAGCCUGCCGCUUUAUGAAGUGUCUCAAAGUGGGGAUGCUCAAGGAAGGUGUGCGUCUGGACCGUGUGCGAGGGGGAAGACAGAAGUACAAGAGGAGGAUGGAUGCAGAGAAUACAGCGUACCUGGGCCUCACACUCCCCCCUCCUGCCAAAAAGCCCCUCACAAAGAUAGUGUCCCACCUGCUGGUGGCCGAGCCAGAGAAGAUCUACGCCAUGCCUGACCCCACCAUGCCUGAGAGUGACAUCAAGGCCCUGACCACGCUGUGUGACCUGGCUGACCGGGAGCUGGUUGUCAUCAUUGGCUGGGCCAAGCAUAUCCCAGGCUUCUCAACGCUGUCGCUGGGAGACCAGAUGAGUCUACUGCAGAGUGCCUGGAUGGAGAUCCUGAUCCUGAGCAUUGUGUUCCGCUCACUGCCCUACGAGGACGAGCUGGUGUAUGCAGAGGACUACAUCAUGGACGAGGAACACUCGCGGCUCACGGGCCUGCUCGACCUCUACGUGUCCAUCCUGCAGCUCGUACGCAAGUACAAGAAGCUCAAGGUGGAGAAGGAGGAGUUUGUCACCCUCAAGGCCAUCGCUCUCGCUAACUCAGACUCCAUGCAUAUAGAGGACGUGGAGGCGGUGCAGAAGCUCCAGGAUGCGCUCCACGAGGCCCUGCAGGACUAUGAGAGCAGCCAGCAUCAGGAGGACCCCCGGCGGGCAGGCAAGCUACUCAUGACCCUGCCCCUGCUGCGUCAGACCGCCACCAAGGCCGUGCAGCACUUUUACAGCAUCAAGGUGCAGGGAAAGGUGCCCAUGCACAAACUCUUCCUGGAGAUGCUGGAGGCCAAGGUCUGAUGGAGGAGCAGGUGGCCCCUGUGAAGGCGAUGGGGACAGGGACGUGACGGUGGUGUGGACGGGCGAUGCAGACAGAAGGACAUGUACAGAGGGACUCAGGACAGGAACACCCUGCUGACUGUGACGGGAGACAGACUGACCUCUCUCGCACUUUGCCCGCUUGGAGCCCAGACAUAAAAAAUUAAUAAUAAUAAAGAACAAAUGCAAAACUUGGUUAUAAGUAUAAAUAUAAAAUGAUGCAGAUUAAUUUAAAAUAUAUAAGAAAUACUAUGUACAGUAAUACUUUUGUUUUGUUUAUGGUCUGUGGUCCUACUGUAUGUGAAGGAUCUCCCCCUCUCUCCAUAUCUUCAGAAGGAAUAAUUUCAGGCUCUUAAUUAACAUGGUUUUAUUUCUAGUCAGAAUCUACAGCUGAGGUCUCCAUAUGUGUUCUGAUGACAACACAUGUCAACCACUAUGACUCACUUGUUAGACAGUUGAUUCACCUACUGGACUUGACCAGGACAUGUAUAUAUUUAUUAAUAAUGGUUGACUGAGUGUACAGUUAUGUCUGGUGAACACGACGGCCAUUUUCUCUCCUUCUUCUUCUUGGGAAAAAAAGAAAAGAAAGAAAGAACAAAAACUGUUACCUGUUAAAUGUGAGCUCUAUUGAUUUAAAUAUAUAUACCUCUUCAGAGCAGUGAUCUGUGUGAUGUGGAUCGGUCUCAGACAGGAAGAAGAUAAACUGGUAACAUGACAUGUUUAACCAAACUAGCGUAGCCAGGUAGUCAGUCGUCUUAUUCUGUAGUAACUCAGCAAUAAAGGGAGCCGUGCCGUGGGCAAGCCAUGUUAAACCUUCUCUAUCAUCUGCUUCACAACGCUACUGUCUGUCUGUCUGUCUGUCUGUCUGUCUGUCUGUCUGUCUGUCUGUCUGUCUGUCUGUCUGUCUGUCUGUCGCUAGAAGACCAUGCCCUCUCAUUUGUGUGUGAGUGUGUGUCUUGGCAAUGGACGCACCACUCACCUGUUGCACUGUAGUGUUUCUCCUCUGUAUAUGUUGUUGUUGAUGUUACUCUCAAACCCCACAUUUGGUGAAUGUUCAAUCCGAUGGAAAUUGUCUCUUGGCAACUGAGCGAAUGACCUGAUUUGGGCAGGGUGAAAGAUGAUGAGUGGGUUUGGGGCGGGGGUAUCAAAGGAUUUCUGCCGAGUGGCAGAAGUCCAGGAGAUUCCAUGUUCAAACAAUCAGAGGCCCAUAUGUCAAACGCUCUAUUUUGGGUCCUUUAAGACCGUGGCAGAGUCCUCCCACACACAGGGAGCAAGGUGUCCAGCAUCUGCUAUCAGCAUUUUAGAAGCUGCCUGUCUUUUUAUAGCUGGGGCUGCCUUUAUGGAGCUCCAUCCAAAUGGAGGUGAAUGGCAGGUGCAGUGCAGUGAUUUGUUGGUAGCUAGCGCUUCACGCUGACUGGGGGUAUUUUUAACCCAGAAGGAGGUUAUUGCCAAAGCUGUCUGCCUGCUCUCUACUGUGCUGCUCUGCCUCCAUCCAGGAGUACAGUAGACACGUGGAGCGCUGCUUGACCCCAUGUUGACACAGUAGCUGUGGUGUAAUACUUCUCAACAGGCCAGGAGCCAGACAGGCAUCACUCCCCAAGGUGCUCCUCUUGUGAGAAGCUAUGCAGACUACAAAGUGUCAGCAUGUUUCAAAGGGUAGCACUAGUCCCACAGUGUGUCUGUACAAGGUGUGAUCUCUGUGGGAAAGUGAGGAGGGGGCCUCCAUGCUCCCUGUGUGUAGGUAGGUCGACCUCCAUGGUGCAUGCUGGGACCUGUAGUUCAGUACUGUAGACUCAUGCUGUUCUUGUUCUGCUUGGGAGAGAAUGUGGUGGGAGGGGGAUGAUUAAACUACUGACGUGAUUUGUGUGAUGUGAUAGAUUUUGGUGCUGUCACAAUAUGAUACUGUGAUCAAAGGAAUCCCUGACAUUGCAGACGGGACGGUUGCUACUCUGCUUAUGAUAUCAUUGGCCAGCGUUAAUCCUGCAGCACCCUCUUUUACUGCAGCCUGAUUGGCCACUUAAUGGAGGAUGACUACACACCCCAGCACCUAAUCAUCCCAACUUGAACUAGCCGCUGUCCACUUAACAGGCUCCACUUUAGAGGGUGACAAUGUAACUUGAGUUAUUUUACUGUUGUGCAAUGCAACGGGGACCAAUUCUGACUGAAACCAUGCUGAAAGCACGCUUUUACUAAGAUUUGGGACAAUUGGAUCAACAUUUCAAUAUUAUUAAAAAGUAUUCUAAUCAAAAAUAUCAGAACUAUAUUUUCUUUGCUCUGCUGUAAAAUACAAGUGUUUGUAUGGACAAGUACAGUUUGAACAGACUUUACAACAAGCUUUUUGUAGUGAUCCAAAAUUCACACCUAACACAAUACGGAGUAAACUCCAGGCACCUCCCCUCAAUGCUUUACACCCAACACGAUGCAGCGUAAACUCCAGGCACCUCUCCUCAAUGCUUUACACCCAACACGAUGCAGCGUAAACUCCAGGCACCUCCCCUCAAUGCUUUACACCCAACAUGAUGCACUGUAAACUCCAGGCACCUCCCCUCAAUGCUUUACACCCAGCACGAUGCAGUGUAAACUCCAGGCACCUCUCCUCAAUGCUUUACACCCAACAUGACUGUUUUGAAAUAUACCUGAGCCGUCCACGUUUCUAUCAAAUAUUUAUUGUCUAGAGCUGCUCCUGCCAAGAUACACUAUAUAUACAAAAGUAUGUGGACACCCCUUCAAAUGAGUGGAUUCGGCUAUUUCAGCCACACCCA